CAACAGCAUCAAUCGCCUACUCAUGUGCUUGCGCGGUCGGACUCCAUUGCCGACCAGUCAGCCAUUGAUGCCAAGUACGAAAGUCCUCAGCCCAACAACAAUUCCAGUGGUGAUGAAAGCGCCGGAGAAGAUCAAGAUGGCUCGCGCAAGAGGCGCAGGCCCAUGUCUGUCUCGUGUGAAUUGUGCAAACAGAGAAAAUGAAAUGUGAUCGUGGCCAUCCGUCCUGUGGCUGGUGUUCCCGAAAUGGACAAAUUUGCGAAUACAAGGAACGCAAGAAACCUGGCUUAAGAGCGGGUUAUGGCAGAGAAUUGGAACAGCGGCUCGACAGACUCGAGGACGUUCUACGUAGCCAUAGUCGAAUUCUCGAUGCGCAUUUCGGACCUAGCUCCGUCUCGACGAACCAACCGUCACCGCAGACCGACGUGUCUGCCUUUCGCACAUCCGCAAUAAAUCAGGUCCCUGUCCCGCAGAUUCCUCCCUCGGCCGACGCUGCCAUCUUCCUACAAAAGCCUCACCUCUUCCAGGCCAGCCAGGCCAAUUCUCCGCCUCUUUCAGACUACUCCGGACAACUUGAGACACCAACGCCUCUACUGCCGCAGCAGAAUGGCUUUCCGCCGCCGCCGCCAACUAGUGAUGCAAUACCGCAGUCGGGUAUAUCACAGGUGCCGCACAUGUCGCAAGGAGUCCACGGUUUCUAUCCCCCGCCUUCGGCGCCGCCGCUAGAUCGUUCGAAUAUGGGCAUAUCUAAUGGGGUAGGACCAGUGACCACACAGGAUCAGGAGUUGCCACCCUAUGACUUACUCUACUCUCUUGUUGAUCUUUAUUUCAAGCAUAUCAACACGUGGAUUCCGCUGCUUCACCGCAAGACAACUAUUGAGACCCUUUUCCGUCCAUCCACGCUUGACGAAGCAGACAGGAUUAUGCUUCAUGCCAUUGUUGCCACCACGUUACGAUUUUCCAACGAUCCCCGCUUGGACGAGGCUUCUCGGCGACGUUACCAUGACACUUCCAAGCAGAAGGUGGUGCUGUACGGACUUGAAAACUCAUCCGUCAAAGCAGUCCAGGCCAUGGUCAUUCUGGCUCUUGACCUGACUGGUUCAUCCAACGGACCGCCAGGAUGGAAUCUUUUGGCACUCAUCACACGUGCCGUGGUGCAACUAGGACUCGCAGCAGAAUCUACCUCGUCACUGGCUUCGCCCAAAUUCCCAUCCAUCGCAACUCUCGGUGCAGCUGUCCUACCCGAACCCAUGAAUUGGAUUGAAGAGGAGAGCCGGCGCCGUCUGUUCUGGGCAGUUUAUCUGCUGGACCGCUAUACGACCAUUGCCACAUCGUUCGAGUUUGCCCUUGACGAUAAGGAAAUCGAUCGGAAGCUGCCCUGCAGAGACGACUUGUUCUCCCGGAAUCGACCGGUGGAGACGCGUUGGUUCCGCACACCGCGGCGAACUGAUUACAGUCUAGAUCGACCCGAAAAUUUGGGAUACUUUUCAUAUUAUAUCGAGGUCCUCGGCAUAUUGUCUCGAAUCCACCAAUUCCUAAGAAAGCCGGUUGAUAUUAGCGCGAUUCCAGACGUAGAAACUUGGCAACGACAAUAUCGUGAGCUCGAGGGGGAACUUACAACCUGGUAUUCGAAGCUGCCGAGCGAAUAUGGAAAUAUUUCACGGCUCUUCAAUUUGCCAAAUGGCAACAAGGUAGUCAAUUGCGGCUGGGUUAUGCUUCAUGCUACAUACCAUACUGUUGUGAUUCGAAUAAACUCGUCUGCAGCAUAUCCAACCAUCCGCUCGUCGAUAUUCGCUCCAUCCUACAGUGCAAGCCAACGGUGUCUGACUGCCGUCGAGAAUAUCGCGACAUUAGGUAGAUUCGUUGUGGGAAAUGGCAUGCUGAACAAGCUUGGUCCGCCUUUUGCGUUUACUAUCUGGGUCGCGGCUCGCCUUCUCCUAGUGCAUGGCUCAACAUUUGAACAUCGGCUGAGCCCGGAUAUUCAGUUCUUUGUGGACACGCUCCGAGAAAUGGGUCAGUACUGGAAAGUUGCCGAGAGGUAUACGACCAUCUUGCAGCGAGUGCUCGAUGAACAUCGAGAAUCGGAACGUGCGGCGGGCGCCGGGGAAGAGAGAGUGACGCCAUCGAGCGUGCGUAUUCUCGCGGACAUGCGCCGCUGUGCGUACGAUCUAGACGUACUCAUUUCCCGACAACCUCGACAACCGGUGUCGCAGGCAGUCCCCGCGGCUUUCCCCCGAGCGCCUGAGCCCAACGAACUCGAGUAUCUCGAUGUCUUCAACUUUUUCAAUCUGCCACGGUUGCCUGUGACGGCGGCAGCGGAUGGAAUGAUGCCAGUCCCUGCUGGAGAUGGCAUCAAGCCAGGCAUGCCGGCACCCCAAAUGCAAACAGGCAACGAGUUCAACAUUACCAACUUUGCUGCCGACGUGCAUGCAGACUGGCUGUUCAAGCAAGGGGCUUAAGCUGUAAAUCGCCACUGAAUGUCUGACGGUCCAUCAUCCACUCGAUCAGCGAGAUAGAUAUGCCCUUGCCAUGAUCGUUCGUGACUGGAUUUUCGAUUUUUGGAAUUCCAGAAUCGAAAACCAUGAACCACAUGAUCCACGGCCUCUUGGCAUCUUGGCUCUAUUGGUCCUUUCUGCCACCGCAAGCGUCCCCAGGCUUAGUUGGAUGUGCGAGUCGCAGCCAGCGUUGGUGGUCAUGUACUCUUGUGUGUCAUCGUAUUGGCGAAUGUUUUCUGGUUGGAGCCUGAAAUUAUUGCCACUACCAUCAUCACUUAGGGUCACAAUUUGAGCCAGCUGCCGCGUCCUGACACGCAGCGUAGCCGCUCUGUGCGGCGCGCUUCGUUGCGCAACGGGUAU